AUGAAGCUGCUGCGGCGUGCGUGGCGGCACCGAACGGCGCUGGGCCUGAGCGCCCUGGCGCUGGGCGGCGCCGCGCUGCUCUACCUGGCGCGCUGCAGGGCGCCCGUCGACCCCGCCGCGCCCGCGCCCUUCGGCCCCGCGCGCGCCGCCGCUUUUCUGGCCGUACUGGUGGCCAGCGCGCCGCGGGCGGCCGAGCGGCGCAGCGUGGUCCGCAGCACAUGGCUGGCGGCGCGGCGCGGCGGCCCCGGGGACGUGUGGGCGCGCUUCGCCGUGGGCACCGGCGGGUUGGGAGCCGACGAGCGGCGCGCCCUGGAGCGCGAACAGGCACGGCACGGCGACCUGCUGCUGCUGCCCGCGCUGCGUGACGCGUACGAGAACCUCACGGCCAAGGUGUUGGCCAUGCUGGCCUGGCUGGACGAGCACGUGGCCUUCGAGUUCGUGCUCAAGGCAGACGACGACUCGUUCGCGCGCCUGGACGCGCUGCUGGCCGAGCUGCGCGCCCGCGACCCUGUGCGCCGCCGCCGCCUCUACUGGGGCUUCUUCUCGGGCCGCGGCCGCGUCCGGCCCGGGGGCCGCUGGCGCGAGGCCGCCUGGCAGCUCUGCGACUACUACCUGCCCUACGCGCUGGGGGGCGGGUACGUGCUCUCGGCCGACCUCGUGCGCUACCUGCGCCUCAGCCGCGAGUACCUGCGCGCCUGGCACAGCGAGGACGUGUCGUUGGGCGCUUGGCUGGCGCCGGUGGACGUGCAGCGCGAGCACGACCCGCGCUUCGACACCGAGUACAAGUCCCGCGGCUGCAACAACCAGUACCUCGUGACGCACAAGCAGAGCCUGGAGGACAUGCUAGAGAAGCACCGGACGCUGGCACGCGAGGGCCGCCUGUGCAAGCGGGAGGUGCAGCUGCGCCUGUCCUACGUCUACGACUGGUCGGCGCCACCCUCGCAGUGCUGCCAGCGGAAGGAGGGCAUCCCCUGA